UUUAAGAAAAAAGAGAAGAAAAAGAAAAUAAAAAAUAAGAAAGGAAAACUGAAAACGGAUGAUCUCUUCUGAGAGAGUUAAGCCAGUCUGCUCUGCUCUGCCUGAGAUGACAAGUAUUCUUUUGCAAAUCUGAUAUGAAGGCACUUCGUUAGAGUUGGCAACGGAAACAGAGGAGCCCAAAUAAUCAGGCAAAAAACCUCUCUGAAUCGUAAACCCUAGCGACUGCGAUUCGUUCACUGCAAUGGUGGUCUGCAAAUGCCGCAAGGCUACCAAGCUGUAUUGUUUCGUGCACAAGGUUCCAGUUUGUGGUGAAUGCAUCUGUUCUCCCGAGCACCAAAUAUGCGUGGUUCGUACCUACUCAGAGUGGGUAAUAGAUGGAGAGUAUGAUUGGCCUCCAAAAUGCUGCCUCUGUCAGGUUGCACUUGAUGAGGGGACUGGCUCUCAAAUGACUCGGCUAGGUUGCUUGCAUGUUAUACAUACAAGUUGCCUGGUUUCACAUAUCAAGAGUUUCCCUUCUCAUACUGCACCAGCUGGAUAUGUUUGUCCUACAUGUAACACAUCGAUAUGGCCUCCCAAGAAUGUGAAAGAUUCAGCAUCUCGCCUCCAUUCAAAGUUGAAGGAAGCUAUCAUGCAGACUGGCUUGGAAAAGAACUUGUUUGGAAAUCAUCCAGUUUCAUUGUUAUCGACAGAAUCCCGUAGUCCUCCUCCUGCAUUUUCCUCAGACCCUCUUAUUAAUGCAUCUUUGAAUGGAGGCAGGGAAAUUAAUGCAAGCUCAUCAGCAGCAAAAGAUGAAACUAACAUAAUUGAUUUCUCAAUAGAAGCAGGAUCUUCUAUACUUCCAGUGACGGACAUAGUGGAGAUAGAAGGUCCUAGUGCAGCAGGGAAUUUUGUGAAAAGCACAACUCCUGUAGGUCCUGGUGCGACAACACGAAAGGGUGCAUUCCAAGUUGAGCGACAAAACUCUGAAAUCUCAUAUUAUGCAGAUGAUGAAGAUGGGAAUCGCAAAAAGUACUCACGAAGGGGUCCAUUCCGACAUAAGUUUCUAAGAGCAUUGCUUCCGUUCUGGUCAACUGCAUUGCCAACUCUACCAGUGACUGCACCCCAGCGGAAAGAUGGAUCAAUUGCAAAUGAUGUCCCCGAGGGUCGCGCCCGUCAUCAAAGAUCAUCAAGAAUGGAUCCAAGAAAAAUCCUUCUUGUGAUAGCAAUCAUGGCAUGCAUGGCGACUAUGGGUAUUUUGUAUUACAGAUUAGUGCAACGGGGUUUUGGUGACGAGAUACCUGAAAACGAGCAGGAGUAAUUACUAUCAUAUAUGGUGUGUGGUGGAAAUCAGGCGAUGGUGUACACGUCUCUCUGAUCCUGCUGCUCAAUGUUGUUUUUUUUUCGCUUGUCUGGACCUGCUUCAUGUUCUUAGUGAACCAUACAAACGGAUAGCGGAAAUUUACAUUUCAGCGUUGAUCACAGUGAAAUGUUAUAAAUGGAUUCUUUUGUUCAUUAUCUCUCCUUCACCGUUGGUUUUCUGCAUCUAUAUGAAGUUGAAUUGGAGAAGCAGGUUUAAAUGCAAAGAGGUUUUGUUUGAACUGUGUAUUUUGUAAUCAUCUGUUGAUUCUAUUUGAUCAA